AGCAUUCCACUCAACGUGGCGCUGGUAAUGACGAAACCGUGACGUCUGAGAGUCGGCGUUCACGCCUUUAACAAGUUUAGUGCAUUUGCUACAAAGUAGCUUUUGCACAAAAACAAACACUGUAUCGCAAACUCGAUUAUGAGCGAUACAAAGUCGUGUGUCGACAGCGUCCAGGUCAGUGACAGAUCAGGAAGAAGCGGUCUGACUGUACUGUAGCCGAUGGAUGGACAGGACAUGAUACACACUGAGCUCACGAGAGUUUGUUUCUGAAGUCGAGAUCAGAUUUGCAUGGAUAGCGCGAAACUCGAGUGUAAAGACUGGCUGUCACAAUCCAAUAAGACUCAUCGCUAUGACAACCUCAGCACCAAUCAGAUUCCGCGUCCUCUCUCUCAACUGCUGGGGGAUCCGAUACCUCAGUAAGAACUGCAAAGAGCGGUUUGUUCUGAUCGGAGACCUGCUGAAUCAGGAACAGCUUGAUAUAGCGUUACUACAGGAGGUCUGGUGCGAGAAAGACUUUCUGUUUUUAAAGAAGAAACUUAGCAGCAUCUAUCCGUAUUCCCAUUAUUUUAAAAGUGGAUUUAUAGGGAGCGGAUUGGCCGUGUUUUCCAGACAUCAAUUCCAUGAUGCCUUUCUGUACAGAUAUUCAUUAAAUGGAUAUCCAUACAUGGCACAACAUGGUGACUGGUUCGGUGGUAAAGCUGUCGGGAAGGUCUUGCUUAACAUCAAUGGGCUGAAGAUUCAUGUUUUUGUCACUCAUCUGCAUGCAGAAUAUUGCAGAGAGAAAGACUCGUAUCUCCCGCACCGAGUGGUUCAAGCCUGGGAGCUGCAACAGUUCAUAAGGCACACUAGUGCUGCAGCGGACGUGGUGAUUCUGGGAGGAGAUCUGAACAUGCACCCGGACGAUCUCGGCACCAGACUGCUGAGAAACUACACAGGACUUCAGGACAGCUUCAGUGAGGCCGCUAACUUUGAUGGGUGUGAAGAGGGACACACUCAUAUAUCUGAAAACCCAUUCACAAACACGGAUAAUCUUGUUCCAUUUGGUGGAGGAAUCCGGAUAGAUUACAUCCUGUUCAAGGGAUCAGGGGAAGUAGAUGUGAGCUGUGAGUCUUUGUCUACCACUAAAGGUCCUGUUCCUGGACAUCCCUUUCCUUACUCUGACCACGAGGCUCUUACAGCCGAGUUCCUGUUUACACCGACUACAAAGGGAAAUCGGUGCUCAGAGAGACAAUCUGGCUGUGUUGCAGAUAAACUUCCUGAGCUGGUCAACACAGUCAAUGAAGCUCGCACUGAAGUAAAGGUGGGUCUCCACUGUGCUGAACGCAUGCGCCACACCGCGGCACGUACGGGCAUUAUGGGUCUUGUCCUGUUAGUGCUUGAGCUGGCAAUCGCUGCUGUCCCAUUGUUUGCUCUGGGAGCUGAACAGCCCUUUCCCAAAGCCUCUUUCUACCUGCUGGGGGCGCUGUGUUUUGCCAUCCUCCUCUCCACACUGUUGCUGUACAUCUUUUACAGCAUGGAGGUGAAGGCACUGCAAGGCACUGAGGACCAGAUGAGACUGGCACUAAGUAGUCUUCAAGAACGGCUUAAGGAGUCCCCCAAGGUUUUAUCCUAGGACCAUUUGCAAAAUCCACUUGAUGGCAAUUUGUAUUAACGUUUUAUGGAAUUGUGAAAAUCACUAUUUUAUGACAUCUUGUCCGGUUUUAUUAACUAUGCAGCUUCUUCACUCCGAUAUCAAGGAUACUUGUUCCUGGGAACAUAGAAUCCAGAAAAUUAGUCAAGAUGUUUGUAAAAUCAUUACUUGCACAACAUAUCUACUUCACUUUACUUAAUUACUUCACAAUGGUUCUCAACCAGGGCCACAGAAUGACUUAAAAUGACAUAUAUUAUUAAUAUAAAAAUCAGGCACGUGCACACACACACACACACACACACACACACACACACACAAAUAGGUGGAAAGCCACUGUUUUAGAAGAAUGGACAGGUAGACCAAGUAUGACAGGUUAUAAUUACUUGCUAAUUGAAUAUUGCUUUCUUUGUUAACGUUUGUCAAUGGAGACCUGCUGGGCAGGUGUUUCAGUCCUUUAUAUGUUAAAUGUUUCCAAUAGUCAGCUCGUGACAUUUUGUGCAUUCAUUGGGAAUUGGGUGGCUAACGGAUAAAGUUAUGUCCACAAAUAAGUCCAUUUUGGGAAACCAAAAGCAAACUGAUAUCUUCAGUUAUUUUCGGUUUCCGUUUGGGAAAGUCAAGCGGAGAAGAAUAAAUGCAUGCAGUGUACUGUAACUGUGUACUUUCCUUUUGUUUAACCUGUCAACCACCUCAUGUAUAUCUAAUAUAACAGUUUUAUUACAUAACUGUACCUUUUAUAAAAAGAAUAAACAAUGCACAUCAUUUUUUCGGUAAUCUGGUGAUGUUUGGUUUUAAUGUGAUCAACUUGCCACAAGGGUGCAGUGUUGGUUAAGCAUUUUGAGAAUCUUUAGUAACUUACAGUAUACUGACAGUUACUGCAGUACAUUUAGUAGAUAUUAGGACUAGUUCAGUUUUUGAAAAUGAAAUUUGACAUCUUUUUCAAAAUUUACAUCUAUAAAUGAAAAUGCUAAAGAUAGAGAUAAAGAUAUUUGUGUGUAUAUAACUUUUAUAUAGAACUUUUUUACUCACCGUAAAAAAAAAUAUAUAUAUAAUUGUGUGGUUAUAUAUUCAGACUUAGGAAGUACAAGAAGGGAAAGUGACACUCCUCCUCUUUGUUCCUUCAGAACAGGACAAACCCAUUCGCUGUGUAUACGCUGUCAUUUACUGUUGAAGUGUUCUAACAUUAAUGAUGAUACAUUUGUGGAGUGGGACUUGCCCAUGCAGAUGACUCGGGUGCAGUUUUGUUAUGGGUGUGGUUGGAGCUGCUGUCUGCACAUGUGUUGUUACUAAUGCCGUCUGCUGGGCUGAGUCCUCGCCUUAGUCAUGGAGGUUCUCAGCAGCUGUGCUCAUGCAUGGCCUCAGGACUGCACUUAAAAAGGUCUUUGUUUAUAAGGAAACAAUGUAUUAAAAUAAUAGAUAGAAAAACAUGUUUUUUACUUUUUGCAGUGCUAGUGAAAGACUAAAAGAAAAUGCUAAAAGUGAAAUGGUACUUGAGAGUUCAUUUGGGGUUGCUCAGAUUGCUUCAACCCUCUGAAGACACCCUCUCUAAACCGUUCUCUAAACGUCUCUGCAACAACUGGAUUUGGAACUUUUUGUAAAUUUAAAAAUUUGUAGAAUAUUAUUGUAAAGCAUUACCAAGUAUUUGUAGUAAAGUUGUUGUUGCCACAUGCUUUA